AUGGUGGCGGACUUCUCGACCGCAGACGAUCCGGGGUCCAUUUUCGAGUGCUUCGACGACCGUUCCUUCAUGAGGUGCCCGGGGGGCAACCCAGGCGACUGCGGGAGUCACAGGCUGAACACGAGUUUGGCCUGCCUAAAGUGCGAGCCCGGCAUGGCGCCAGAUGGCAACGGCCAGUGCACCGUGUGCCGCGAGACGUCGCUCCUCAUUCCGGUCGGCGCUGCGGUGACGGCCGUUUUCGUAUUGAUCGCCGCCUACCAUUUCAUAGCGACCGAGAAGCGCGCCGAGCAGAACAAUCUGCGGGUGCUCGCCGUGAGCGUCGCGGGUCAGCUUCUCGCGGUCAUGCAGAUCUUGGCCGUGUGCGCGACGCUUGCCGUUUCGUGGCCAUCGCCCUUCAGUUUUGUCUUGGCCAUUGCUAAAGCCUUUGCGUUCGAGGUGGAAAUCCUCCGUUUCGCUUGCAUCGUUGACCCGUCUCCUGUCUGGGAUUACAGUAUGAAGAUAGUUUUGUUUUUCUUUGUGGUCGCUGCGAUGUUCGUAGUUCAUUUGGUUUACAGCGCUCUUUGCUAUAAGCGCAAAGAUUAUUCAGCCAACACGGUGUUCGUGGGCACCCUGGGCACAAUCGUUAUGGCAUGCUUCAUCAUUAUAUCAAUGACGAUAUUCUCCCCAUUCCGUUGCAUGGUGCAUCCCAACGGGGUCAUGACGGUGCAGAGCGUGCCAGAAGUCGUGUGUUACGAUUCCGAUGAGCAUGGCGAGAUGAUCAUGGUUGGUUUCCUCGCUUCGUCCAUCCCAGUGGGUUUCCUGGUGAUGGUUGCGUGGGCCGUGUGGCAGCUCCCGUACCGGAUGGCGAAGGGGAACGCGGAGUUUUUGCAGAUGUUUUCUUUUUUGUUUUUUCGUUUUAGGCCUGCAAGCUAUUGGUAUGUUUUUUUCCUGCUAUCGCGCAACUUGGCGGUGGCGUUGGUGCCCCUUGUCCCAAACGUGACGGGCCAGCUGUUCGUCAUGUUCGUGAUCAUGUGCUCUUCCGCCAUGGUCUCGGCGGUCGCGAUGCCGUGGCGCAUUUCCAUGGCAAGCAUGUUGGACGUCUUUGUUGCCAUCGUAUUGCUCUUCGUUGUGUACAUGGGGGCUUUACUGGCAGACCUCGUCGACAGGAUUGUCGUGGCAUGGCUCGCCACAAUCAUGUGCGCCGGCAUUGUCGUGUUCUUCCUUUUGAUCUUGACUUACGUACUGAUUAGGCGGCACCAGUUGCGCCAGCGGAAGACCUUCCAAUUUUUUCUGUGCCACCAUAAGGUGAGCGCCGGCGCCUUUUGCAGGUUGCUCAAGGUCCACUUGCUCAAAGAUCGCCGCACCCGAGGAUUUGUCUUCCUUGAUGCGGACUACCUCGAAGACCUGAACAAGCUCUUCAGUUAUGUGAGCUCUGAGACAGAGACAUUGGCGGCACUUUGCACGAAGGAGUUACUCACGAGGCCCUGGUGCGCAGGCGAGCUAACGACAGCACGCUUGACCAGCAUCGAUGUUGUACUUAUAGUAUUUCCGUGUUUUGAGUGGCCGACAGAGGACUUCAUAUCAAAUUAUCAAGAGUUUGUGCCUGGUGUCAAUGGCUUGACUGGAUUCGGCAUCAGUGUGGACAUGGUGCAGAAAACGCUGCGCCUGUUUCACACUAAUAAUUCCAUCGAGUUGCCCGAUGUGUUUGACACGACCGUACUCUCAACCACGGCAGACCUACUGUUCCAGCGAAAGCGCAGACGGAAAAUGUCCAUCAAAAAACAGCGUGACGGAGACGAUUCAGCAGGCGAGGUUGUGGGUGUGGCGGCCGGGAGGAUGUCAGGCGCGAGCCUGACUGAUGUUCAACACGCAGCUUAUCUCAUAUUGGUUGAUUACAAGAGAAACGACGCAAUAUGCACAGGUUUGAUCGUCAAGGAGCUGCUGACGAAGGAGUGCGAAGGCUUCUCCGAGCGCAUUCCGCAGCUGCUCCCACGCUCCUCUCAGGUGCCCGCUGUCGGCAAAGUUCUCAUGAUCGUCUGUACCACGGACUGUCUCCGGAAUCCGAUGGUCGCCAAGGCCAUCAUGCAAUCUGCAGAGCUUGGGCUCGGCAUACUGCCCAUCAUCGGCGAGAGCGGCUUCCAGUUUCCGACGCAGGCCCUGUUUGACGACAUGCGCGCGAAGGAGAAGGAGGUGCUGUCUGGAGUCUCCAUGUUCGGACAUUUUGGCUACGCCUUCUAUGUCGAUUGCAUCAAGUUCAUCUUCAGCGUUAUCGGCGUGAACUUGAUCCCUCAGGAGGGCGAGAGCCAGAUCAAUAUGCAGAUAAAGACGAUCUGUGCGCGCAUGCUGGGCGACACGCAGGUCUUCAGGACCCUGGAGAUGGAAGUCUACUCUCUCGGCCUCGGCCGCGUCGAGGGCAACCUGGGGCUCGAGGAGGGCACGGAGCUCUUCUGCUCCGCGAGUCUGCUCGGCGCCGCGGCGCCCGCCACGGAGGUAGGGCCGCUCGGAGACCACAUGCUGGAGUGCCACCUCUUCGGCAGGAGAGGGGCGACGGCUUCGACGGGAUCUCCCUGA